AUGGAUAAAAAUAUCGAGGCGAAACCCUAAGUUAAAAAGAUCACCGAAACAGUCGAGUUUUUUAGACAGGCCUCUACUGUUGACUAGAAGUUGAUUGAGCUAUAAUAAUAGUAGCAGAUAAUACUACAAAAAUAGCUUUUGUAAUUGGAAGAGUAGACCAAAAAUGUAAGCAAAAAGAAGAAAAAGAAAAGAGUUUACAAGUCAAAAAAAGGUAAAAAAUCAAAGAAAUCUAAAAAGGGAUUACACAGUACAAAUAAUUUGUUAGAUGAUUCAUAGCAAAUCCAAGGAAAUUAAGGUUAUUAUUAAUUGAAUAGUGUGGCUAAUGCUAAUUCUAAUCGACCCUUAAAUGAUGAAGAGUUUGAUCAUACCAAACUCUACGAUAAAAUAAAUGAUAAAGGUAAUAGAAAGUAUAACACUUCACUCAAUACACAAACAAAAAAUGACUUUAUCCAUUCUGAAGUCAACAAAGAAAAGUAAGGUGUUGACGAUAUUACUGAAGCAGAACUUAUCAAAGAAAUGAAUGCUCCUUUUGAGAAAUAUUAUUGGACAGUUUUUAUUCUGUUGCUAAAUUUCAUCUGGGUCCAAGCUUUUUUGCCAGUGCGCAUGUCUUUCGAGAACCAAAGAAAGAUUAUGCUUACUAUUGCAGUAACUGAUCUAGCCAUUGAUGUAUUAUUCACACUUGAAUCUAUUUCAAACUUUUUUAUCCCUGGUACCAAUAAAGAUGGGGAGUAUGUAUUCAAAAGGAAAAAGGUUGCUAAAUAAUAUCUAAAAUCUUGGUUUAUCUUAGACUGUUUAGGCAACAUACCUUACGGUAUGUUCAAAGCCUUUCCAGGAGAGCCCAGUUUAGAUGAUAUGAGCAACUUUGUUAAAUUUAAUUUCGCUUAUAUCCCUAGAUUCUACAUUGUGUGUCUUGCUCUCAAGCUUUUCAGAAUUAGGACUACUUAAAAGUAUCUGGUAAACUUUCUGAAGAGAAGAAGCGUUGGUGUAGAAGCCAUUAAUCUUAUUAUUACUGUGUGGACACUUAUUCUGAUACUGCACAUGAUAGCUUGCUUUUGGGGAGUAGCUGGCUCCUUCAACCUGGCAACUAAUUAAAACUGGAUAUAUAAACUAGCUAUGCAAGACGAGGAUGUCAUUUACAAGUACAUAACAUCUUUGUACUGGGCAUCAGUUACAAUUAUUACAGUAGGAUAUGGAGAUAUCUUGCCUCAGAAUUUUUGGGAAAAAACCCUAGUAUGUAUAAUCUUUAUUAUUGGCGUCGCAAUGUUUUCGUACACUUUAUCUGCCCUUGCGAAUUAGUUCUCAGAACUUAGUAAGGGGAAUUCUAAGCGUCAAAAUAGAGAUUCUUAAAUUGCAUAGCUAGAAUAAAACUACAAACUUCCUCGGCAUUUAGCUGAAAAGAUAACAUUCUUUUUCGCUCAGAGUGAGACUAUUAUUAGUAUUUCAAAAGACUAUGAGAUUAAUACUAUUUUAAAAUUCUUGCCUCCCAGUUUGAAAACACGUCUAGCUUUGUUUCUUUAUCACGAUGCAAUUGCAGCUAUCCCAUUUUUAUAAAACAGAUCUCAGAUCUUUUACUUAAACUUCUUAAGUGAGCUAAUACCUAUGAAGUUUCAAAGAAACACAGUUAUUUUAAAAUAAGGAACAAGACCGGAAGAAGUGUUUUUUAUCCUCAAAGGAGUUGUUAUAAAUCCAGGCUCAUAAAGAACAAUGUCUGCUGGAAGUAUGAUAGGUGAAACUGACUAUAUCUAUAAAAGAGAGCGAGUGGAUAGUUUCAUAGCUGGGACAGAUGUUUACAUAUUAAAGUUUGAAUUGGAGGUGUUCAAGAUAAUAUUGGACUAGUUUCCAGAUAUAAAAUCUGAAAUCGAGAGCAUUGCCAAAAAAAGAGAAAAACUGCGACUAAUGAUUCAUUAAAAAGAUUAAUUAUUAGAGGAUUAGGAGUAGCACAAGCUAGAAAUUAUGAGUGUGCUGCAGAAGAUUUUAAAGAAAGAGCAGAAAGAGUUAGUUUAGCAGUAAUAUUUGGGUAAUGCGCUGGCCAGGAAAUUGGACAAUUCUGGGAUAAUAGUGUCUAAUGAUGCACUUUUGAAUAUUAAACUGCAAUAGAUGAAUGAAAGGUCUUCCUCCACAGACAAUCUACUUUAAAAUAAAAGAGAUUCUAGCCUAGAAAACAUCACAAAAGGGAUUAAGCAUGAUAAAAACAGAAAAUCUUCCCUAGAGAAAAUAGAAGAAAAUAAAUCGGAAAUAGAUGAAGAUAUGUCAAUGAGAAAGACUAAAUCAAAUUUUUCAAAUGAUAAUAUAUUCAAGCAGCAAGAAAACUAUCAAGCUUCUCCGAGAAAUCGAAACACAUUUAAAAUUGAAUAGAUUAAGGAGCGAAUGAGAAAGUUGAGUUCUAAAAAGAUAACCAAUCAGCCCUCAGGACAGAAGAAAAAAUAUCAAACCAAUAUGUUCAUUAACUCUUAGUCAGAGGAAUAAAUAGAUGUGGUUAAUUAAUCUUCCAAUGCAGGAUCUUCAACCGCUAGAAGAAGAAAGUUAGCCGAUGUUGAAACAGCAAGAUAAAGUAAUGUAUUUAAAAGCGAUAUAACCGAUGACAAGGCAAGCCAUAAUUUCUCUCCUGAGGUCUAUCAGAGAGUUAUUCCUAAUGUUAAGCCUUUGAGUGUAAUGACACAAGGAAUAAGCAAGAUGACUACAGACAUAGAAAAGCCGAAUAUUCCUUAGCAGGACACACUGAAACCUCCUGAAAACCCCAAGAAAUUAGAGAGGAAGAGAUCUAGCAGCUUGAAUAUCACUGGAAAGUUUAAUGAUGCAGAUAUGUUUUACUAAUCUUAGGGCAAAGAAAAGAAUUUCUUGCAGUCUUAAGAUGCUUUUUUAUAUAGCAAUCCAGCAAUGAAAAACCAGAUGCUUAAGUCUAAAAUUUUCAACUCAUUGCAAUCAUUUGAAAAUCCUGAGAGGAGGAUAGAGAAAAUAAUAAUGAUCAUAAAGAAAUCAAAGUUAAUAUUAAAUGAAUAUGGCAUCCUCUUCGCAGAGUAUCUUGAGAAGCUAAGGAAUAAUUCCAAGAAUACAGUCAGUGAACACAUUAUUUUGCCAACUAAAAAUGCUAUAAUGGGUAUCAAGAAGUACAUUCAAAUAAUUUCCUGUCUUGAGUCAAAACUUGAAUAGCCAAAGAUGAUCUUAGACUACAUAGAUCAGCUUGAAAAUAUUUUAUAGCCAUAACUUGAAUUUCAGCAAAAACUUAGGUCCACUUUGGAUAAACUUUACUAUAACUAAUAGCGUAAAAAUAGAUAAGUCUCAUAGAAUCUUACAUCUCAGAUUCAACAUACAGAGUUUUAGCUUUAACAAUAAUAGAUAAUAUCUCCAGCAUAUAUCUAAGCCACCAAGGAGAAAAAACAUUCAUACUCCCGUAAGAAAUCUUCUUAGAAGAUGAAUAUGAUUGAUUUGGAGACAUCAUACAGAAUAAAUGACUAUAAUGAGAUGAUCGCACUAAAAUAAGAUAUCAGUUCAUAUCAAAAUUCCCCACAGAACUCCAUACUCAUUUAAAACAAUUUGAAAACUUUUAAAUCUCCCAGUCCAAAUAGCCCGUCCUAAAACCCACUUGUUUAAAAUCAAUAGACUAAUAACAGGCUUAGUACUAAUAUGCUAAGUAAUAUUCAGAACGAUUACUAUGGAUCACUGAAAAAGAAUCCAGAGUUAACGUUAUCAGAUCAAAAAAAUGUCUCUUCAAGGCAAGCCAAAUAGAAUGAUGGAGGCCUGCCAUUUAACCUUAAUCUAGUGACAGUAAAUUCGAGACAAAACUCUGAUUAAUAUUAGCAACAGCAAGACUAGCCACCUUAUUAAAAUUACUUAGAGACUAAUAAUUACAACAAUCAGUAUCUUAACCUAAACUUCCCAAGUUAUAGAAAUAACCAUAUCCCUACUUUUAACUAAUCUGUACAAUAAUAAAAUCCUAGUCUCUUAAGCAGUAGUAAUUUCCAAUUGGACAACCGUUCAUAUCACUAGUAAUAGAACUAGAUCCAACUAUAGUAUAAGCCCUCUAAAUAAUAGGAUAUGCAACGCAUUCGAGACCUAAUCCAAAAAAACGGGCUAGGGAGGGAAUAUCGAGGCCCUCCUGACCAAUAUAUUCAAACCCAUAAAAAACUCGAUGCAGGAAAAUUGAUGGCUUAAAUGACUUCUCAUAUAUUCUUUCUAUAAUUUUGA